AUCUAGGGACUAUUAGCGGCUAGACCAUGGUGUCAUUCAAAGCGCGUCGCAGUGAACCCGAGCUGGUGUCACCGGCGCGGCCGACGCCCACGGAGACGAAGGCCCUCUCCGACCUGGACGACCAGCCGGCGCUGCGGUACUACGAGACGGUCAUCGCCUUCUUCCGCAGCCGUCCCAGCUGGGAUGGCUGCGGCAACAGGCCAAAUGAUCCAGCAAAGGCCAUCAAGGCGGCAUUGGCAGAGGCGCUGGUGUAUUACUAUCCCAUCGCCGGGCGGCUCAGGGAGGCCGCAGGAGGGAAGUUGGUGGUGGACUGCACGGCGGAAGGGGUUGUGUUUGUGGAGGCUGAUGCGGAUGUGCGGCUGGAGCAGUUCGGCAAGCCUCUGUUACCGCCGUAUCCAUGUGUAGAGGAGCUGCUGUGCGAUGCGGGUGAAACAAGAGCCGUGAUCGCCAAACCACUUGUCCUCAUGCAGGUAACGCGGCUCCGAUGUGGUGGAUUUGUUAUUGGAUUCCACAUGUGCCAUAAUAUUGCAGAUGGAUUUGGUAUGGUUCAAUUCGUUAGAUCUGUAGCUGAAUUGGCUCGUGGUGAAACAGUUCCCACUAUUUUGCCCGUUUGGAAAAGAGAUCUCCUAACAGCACACAACCCCUCUCUUAUGACACAUUCGGACGCUGCAUAUAAACAACCAUCACCAAAUGACUUACAAUACAAAUCUGACGACGUGAUGCUGUCAAGUCCUAUCGAGGACAUGAUAGUCCAGUACUUCCUCUUUGGGCCAAGGGAGAUAGCAACUCUACGAAGUCACAUAAGAGGAUACCUUACGAGUACUGCUACAUCCUUUGAACUGUUAACUGCAAUCAUGUGGCGAUGCCGCACAAUAGCUCUGGGUUAUGAGUCCAAUCAGUGGGUUCGCCUUAUGAUUACUAUGAAUGCACGUGGCAAGUGGAAUCGACAUACACUCAUCCCACGGGGUUACUAUGGCAACGCACACUUCUCUCCCAUAGUAGAGGCCAAAGUUGCUGAGCUCUGCAGUCAGCCUCUCGCCCACACGGUUGAGCUUGUUCGCAAAACCAAGCUCAGCGUGACAAAGGAAUGCACGAAAUCAAUGGUACAUACAAUUGCGCUGACACGUCAGUGGCCACCUCCGAUGAUGGACAGAAUUUACGAGGUCUCUGAUACAAAAUGGAUUGCCACAAAUGUAACGCGAUUUGGGUGGGCUGAGUUGGUGGGUGGUGGCAUACCACUGGCUGGGGACCUUACUUCAAAGUUAGGAAGCGAUCACAUGAGGUGCAAGAACGAAGAUGAUGAGUACUCAACCAUUGUGUCAAUGCUUUUGCCGAAGCCCGCAAUGGAGAGGUUCACAAACGAGAUGUCUGUCUGGCUGAACAAGCACGAUGAGAAGAACUUAGUUAUACUGAGUUCCCUCUAGGAUGUAAUGAACGAGAAAUCCUUGGCUCAAGAAUGCACAAUUCAUCCCCUUUUAAGAUUA